AAGACUUCAAUGAUCGUGUCUACACAGCUUUAAGGGCAAUGAUUUUCACAAAUUUAUUUAAUUUUCAGAUUAUUAGAUACAUAACAUGAGCUUCAGGUCACUUUCUUGGCUUUGCGGGCUGGCUCUAGUGUCAGCCCGAUGCAGUUACGCACAAGACAACAAUACAAGCUGGCACCAGUAUGUGCGCGCCCCAACAAAUAGCACGGUGAAACCGAAAGCCGUUCUCAGCACGUAUACUUUGGGGAAUGUAACAAACCCCGAAGGUCUCAUCAUUGGGAGCGACGUGACGAUCCUAUCUCAUAAAGAAAACGACACCGUCAUACCCACCGUAGUCCUCGACUUCGGCCAAAACGUCGUGGGCCUGCUGGAAAUCGAUUUUGCGCGCUCGACUAACGCCUCGGGCGGAUUUCCCGGCCUGAAAGUGUAUUUCUCGGAGAGCUUGGAAUUUCUCGGGAAUACGAGUGACUUUACGAGGUCUGAUAACGCGGGUCAGGGGUCGGGCGAUCCCCCGGAAAUUACCUCCGGAACUGAUCAGGUGGCCGUGAAAAAUGAACCGUUUACUUGGCUCGAUCAAUGGGGCUGUGAAUACGGAAGCCAGGUCUGCUCUGACGGUCUUCACGGCUUCCGUUACGUGAAAAUUGAACUGGACGCGCUUGCCGAAGACGCACCGUACACGUCUCCGUACGGCGAGGUCGCCAUCAAUUCCGUCAGCCUGCAAUGGUCCGCAUAUCUAGGUACCCCUGAUACUUACACGGGCUGGUUCGAAUGCUCAGACGCGAACCUCACGCAGUGGUGGUACGACGGCGCGUACACCACGGAGAUGGGUACGGACGUCUUCCGGGACAACGACACGGAGCCCCGUGGAGCCUCAAGCCCUUCGCUUUUAGGUAAGUGGGUGCUCUUGGACGGGGCGAAGAGGGAUAGGGAUCCGUAUAUGGGGGAUCUGGCGGUCGCCGCGUUGACGAGUUACCUUUCACACGAUUUCCCCGAGGCAGCUCGGAACGUAAUGGUGGAUCUGGCGCUGCAUCAGAGGGAUGAUGGGUGGAUACCACCUGCGAGCAUUAACAACUACCAACUCCAACUUUUCGACUACCCCCUAUACUGGGUAACCUGUAGCUGGGACCACGUCCUGUACACCGGCAACCUAUCCUACAUCGAAGCGUACUAUCCGGUUCUCGUGAAGGUCCUCGAUACGUACUACGUCUCCCACACGGACAACGCUACAUCGCUCCUCGUCCGCCAAGACGGGUACGGCGACUACGCCUUCAUCCCGCGCGACGGCUCAGCAACGUACUACAGCGCAUUAUACGUUCUAGCACUAAACCGAGCCGCCGACCUAGCUUCCCUCCUCUCAAAGCCCAACGACGCAUCCCGCUGGCGCGAAAGAGCCACCAACGUAUCCGCCAGCAUCCUCGCCAACCUGUGGGACGCCUCAGCCGGCGCCUUCUACGACCGGAAGUGCGCCGGAACGGGGUGCAGCGCGCACGCGCAGGACGGGAACAGCAUCGCGAUCUUGGCCGGCGUCGCGUCUUCCAACUCCAGUAGCUCGAUCCCGUAUGCGCAAUCAGCGCUAUCCUACCUCGCGAACGCGACCGCGAAGCCGUACGGGCACGCCUUCUACGACGCCUCCGGCGACGAGCUAGGCGCCGGGUUCAGCGACAGGGUGUACGCGUUCGUAUCGUACUUCGAGACGGCGGCGCGGUUCGAGAGCGGGAUGGCGGAGUCGGGCGUCGCGCAGAUGCGGGCGACGUACGGGCACAUGGCGGCUUCGGACCCCGGGGUCACGAUGUGGGAGGGCGUCGGGGUUAACGGGAGUAAGUACGAAGGCGGGUUUACGAGUUUGGCGCAUGGGUGGUCGACGGGGGUUACGCCGUUGCUUACGACGUAUGUUCUUGGUGUGCGACCCCUGAGGCCUGGGUUUAGGGAGUGGAGUGUUCGGCCGCUUCCUAGUGAGGAUUUGGCUUGGGCUAGGGGGGUUGUUCCGACGCCUUACGGGCCCUUAAGUGUGAAGUGGGAGAGGAACCAGACGGAUGGGAGACUUCUGGUGAAUGUUACGCCGCCGCCGGGUACUAAUGGGACGGUCGUUGUUCCUGAGAUACAGGGAGAGGGGAAGAAUCGGAGGGCGUGGGCUGAUGAUGGGAUUGAAUUAAAGGGAGAACUGGUUGGUAAAGAUGUUGUGUUCAGAACCGAGGGUGGCAGGCAGUAUUUUCUUCGGUGAUCACCUGGACAUAUUGGGAAUCGACGCCUUAUUUAAGAUUCCUUUACUUAGUAGUGGAUGUGGAAAUAACAAGGUUUCAAAGAGGACUGCUAGAACUUCAGA